AGCUGAGUGGCCUUCCUAGGUGGCUUCUUACGUGCAAAGCUAUCCUCAACGAAGGUCUCGAGCAAUUCCGUCUCAAAGCCCAACAUUGAGUUACAGGUGCUGGAGAGGCGACAACGCUUAAGAGUCCCGACUUCGCUGAGGAACGUCUCCGUAACGAGACGCCGCUGCUCAAGCCCUCAUCAGCAACCACACUCACCUUCAAAUGCCGAUUUCUCCAGAUGCACGAAAAGGACCCUCCUCAGCUAGCAAUUUGGCACCUGAACCCUUGGCAGGAUAGACAGCUUGCGAUAGUUGUGGAGUGUUUCAGUCGGCUCAAGCAUCUGCGGCUUCGCUUUGCUAUAGCUCUAGCUCCAGACAACAUGUUUGGCUAUCUUUGGAAGCUCGACCUCUCACGGCUUGAAGACGGCAAGCUGCAGUUGAGCAAGCUCGAGAUCGUCAUCUCAAAAGGCGUAGAAUAUCUCGGUCCUGAACGUAAUGCCAUCUUCCAGGCUUUCGAGCGAGAGGUGUGCCGAGUGGGGAGGGCUGUUGUGAAGGGGGAGAGAGAGGCUCGUUUGGAUUUUCGGGAGGAGAAGGUCAAGAUUGAACCUCCUCAGCUCAAAUCCCACCGAAGGUACUUUUAUUACCCGGGUUAUCACAAUAUUCCCGCCACUCAGAAUGUUCAGCUAUCUAUCCAUGGGGAGGCUCGGGACGCGUUGAGCUGGUGGUUUGAGUUCACUAAAGCAGGUGAGAUGGCCAAGGUUAGAUGUUCAAAAGAGGAGUAGGGUUUGAUGGACAAUGCCUUAUCUCUCUAGAGGGCUAGUUGAUAGCGUGGGGAACGCUUUCCUAGGUGUACUGGGCGAGGUAGUCCAAUAGUCAUUUUCGAGUCCUUGAGAACCCUCGGCCUAGUACCUACGAGCA